AUGGCGAUCAUCGUCUUCUUCUUCGUUAAAGAGACUAAAGGGAAGAGACUUGAAGAGAAGGAAACUAUAUUCCACCGCAAGGCUGCAUUUGGUGUUGAUGCUCUCCGACGGGAGACUCUCGAUGCGGAUGAAUUCUACUGCCACCUUUGUGGUGUGAGCUUCAACAUCAUCUUUUGUUUAAAAUCCGGGGAACUGGACGUGCCUGAUGAUGAAAACACUCAAACCCAAUUUAACGAUAUAGACUCACUCGAUUUCACUGAUGAUGACGACAAGGCUAAAGAUCCUGAUUAUCCACUCCGAACUGAUUACGAGGACAGUGAUCCAUAUGAAUAUGACUCGGAUUACGAAUCAACCGGCGGUAUGAGCAUUGACGGAGAAGAUGCGCGUGACAACGACGACAGAGAAAAUAGCAGUACUGAUGCAAAGGAUCACCUCGAAGGUCAAAUGCACUGCAACUGGGUAUUGGAAACUUUUGAUCCGUACAGCGUCACGAGGGGAGAACUCGACCUGCGCGUUGGAUACUUUGAUAGUCCAAUGUCGGGCUACUCGGCCGAUACUAUCUCACCUGAAGAGGCAAGAGGCUGUCGCACCGCCCAGUUCCUGAUGCAUAAACCUUUUCCAAGGGAUCAAUGGCGAGCUGACGAGCUACAUGAGCCGUGGGAGAUCGAUGGGGAUUGGUCUUUAUCUGGGAUUUGUGAUGGAACGCCGUCGCGCGAUAUGAACAUACCGACAGUGUGGCCCGCGCGAAAUGGAAUAGAAGAAGUAGAGGCAGAUAAUGUGAAUUUCGGGCGAGAUGUUGCGCCGGAUGACAUAGCCAUGCCAUUCCAUCCGUGGUGCUUUGAUAUUCUCUGCCGGCAAUCCAAAGUCCAAUUUCAGCGCAUUAAUCUAUCAGGCCUCAUGACAUGGCGUAAUGCUGAGUUUGACUGGGAUUCCUUUGUUUCAUUUCCGCGAGCCAAAGAGGUUAAAAGCUCACAAGAGCAAUGGUGGUCCCAUGAGGAUGGUACCGAGUAUCUGGUGGCCAAUCCCCUUUACGUGCCUGGGUUACCAGAAAUCUUUCUCACUGCAGGAAAGGACGAAAGAUUGCCGCCCCCAUAUGCCUCAUUUAAUGAGAUUAAGUCGUCUCAACCCGUGACGAACCACGCUACCCAAUCUCACAAUUGCCAGGCCGACUUUCUCUCUUCUCUUCCCGUGGAAAUUCGUCUCAUGAUCAUCGACUAUUUAGGGUCUAUUGAUAUAGCUAGGCUAAGUAUUGCUUCUAGAGCAUUCACUGAACUGCCAAACAGUGUGUGGUACAGAUUAGUACGCAAAGAAAUGCCCUGGUUGUGGGAAGUCUGGGAGGAAUCUGAAUGCACACACAACUCUUUGCCCUGGACGAACCUCACAACAGCCGAUAUCAAGUCUAUAGUCAGAUCACGGAGUGAUUAUGCCCGGAUCUUGGCUGAAGAUUCUUACACAAAGUUUGAUGCUGAGAAAAUUGCUGAGUACCGAUUUCACUUGCCGGUUAUGCCGUACUAG